AAAGGGCUUAUAUUAUACCUAUAGAUGAAAGAUUCCAAAGCAUGAAACCUGAAUAUGUAUUGGUGUCAGCUGGUACAUUCAUCAUCGGGAUACUUAUAAAUGUUAUCACUCUAUUCGCACUGCUACGGUAUCGACGUUUAUAUAAAAUGAACUUAAACGAACGGAUAGUGUUGAGUUGCAUGACCAUCUGCGGGGCAGGAACAGCUAUUUGCGGAACCUUCCCCACACUUUUAUCAGCGGGUAUAGAACAACAAGCAAUGAUAAACGUGCCAGCAAAUAAUUACAGUCCAUGGUGCGAGGGCUUUGGUUACCUGAGUAUAUUCUUCAUGUCUGCUUCGUCAUGUCUAUCCGCCAUGCUUUCUAUUACUCGCUACGUCAUCGUGACGUAUCCAUUUCGCAGUGACGUCAGACCGACAAAUUGUUGGUUGCUAGUCGGCCAAGUGACAUUAUGGGUAUACGUCAUCAGUUUCUACGUCAUAGUAGCCAUUCUCGUGAAUGCUGGAAUCGGACUUCCGUUACGACAUAAUGACGUUGGUAAUAUUACAAACGUCACAAACAAUUCCUUUGUUACGCAAAGAAACAUCAACAAUGAUGGAGAUUCCAAUUUGUAUAAUUCAAAUCUUCAACUUUUUAUGAGCCAGCAAUCAACCGACGUCACAAACAAUACAAAAAUGUAUUAUGACGUCACAUUUAUAACAGCGAACUCGGGCAAUGCCCUCUUGUGCGCCCCCAACUGGCGAGAGAUACCAGGUUACUUCAUAGCUGUAAUGAUAUGUUUCUACAUUAUACCUCUGAUACUGCUGUUCAUAUUCUACCUGCUCGUUACCAGAACUGCAUACAAACAAGUGCGAGACAUACAAAGCACCUUGAUAAGGCCAUCAGUGACCUCGGAGCCUACGUCAUCAAAUGAUAAUCUCGUUUUAAACGACGAAAAGCAGCCGCAAGAUGUCGCUGAAGUGGUGACGAUUUCACAAAUGCUUUUUGAAUACACGAACCCGCUUCGUGCGUGGCAGCGAAUGCAGAAAACCCGCGUAAGCCGUCGAAAAGCGACGCGAACUUUCCUGACAGUGGUUCUCCUAUUUUUUCUUACUUGGACUCCGUAUUUCGUUUAUUACAUCAUAGAGUGCAAUAAUUACUACGUCACAGAAGCCCCGUCAAGCUUCAAUGAAUCUGCGUCAUAUUUUAUCACAGGGUUGGCCAUGGGGGGCAGAAUUUUCUCUAUCGUCGUUUACGCAGUCUUGAACCGACCGUUACGGUUAUCGGUGCGUCGUACUCUACGCGAUGCUAAGCGUAGCGUAACGCAGUGUUACGUAGCUCGUAACUUUAUGAGGUUUAGGCACAAAGUUGCUCCAGCUACGAAUAAUAACGAAAAAAGAGUAAAUCCCCAAACUACUACCCCGAUAACAGGAAGGCCAACCACACGCAAUGCAUGGUCAUAACCAACAAUAAGCAGGGUGGGCUUACCCUGGAACUUUCUGCAUCGCUUUAAUCCAUAAAUAAAAACCAAUAAGUUGAAAUUUUUUCACAUGAUUGUGCGUCCUAACUAUUUCUGCCUCCUCUGCAUUUAAUAGGUUUGUGACCACCAUGCAUAUUUUUCCCUUAUAUGAACUCAUGAUGACGUCAUACACUAUUAUUGUGAUGUAAUAUAUCUCAGUUUCAUUUUCCACAAAAUCGUUGUUUUUUUCGUUUAGUUUCAUGUUCAAAAAAUAAACAAGAAUCCAAGAUGGUGAAUCUUGGUGAACAAAAUGGUGGAUCUAAAAAUGAUCUUACAUUGAUAUAAUAUCAA